UCGGGGCGAGGCUGCACCUACCUAGGGCGGGACGGUGGUGCGCGUGCGUGCUUGCGUGUGGCCAUGGGGCGCUUUCACUUCACGCGGGACCCCAUCCCCGAGUCCGCAGGGAGCGAUAUGCUGCACUUGAACCAGCUCGGCGCGGAGCAGUUUGCCAUGCUGACCGAAGUGAUUUUCUACUUUUUGGUUCAACCCAAGGAGGUUGAAACAUUCCUGUCUAAACUGUCUGAUUUUGCUGCCACCAAUCAAAUCAGCCUUGGGCCCUUAAAGAAUAUUGUGAAAAGUCUUCUCCUAGUGCCCAAUGGUGCCUUGAAGAAGAAUAUGACUGCUGAGCAGGUCAGAGCAGAUUUCAUUACUCUGGGGCUCAGUGAAGAGAAAGCCACUUAUUUUUCUGAGAAGUGGAAACAGAAAUCUCCCACACUUGCACGAUGGGCGGUAGGACAGACACUGAUGAUCAACCAGCUUAUAGAUAUGGAAUGGAAAUUCGGAGUGACAUCGGGGAGCAGUGAACUGCAGAAAGUGGGCAGUAUUUUUUUACAAUUAAAGUUGGUGGUUAAAAAAGGAAACCAGACUGAAAACGUGUAUAUAGAGUUAACUCUGCCUCAGUUCUAUAACUUCCUGAGUGAGAUGGAACGUGUCCGAGCCAGCAUGGAGUGUUUCUGCUGAAGGGGAAGGAAGAAGGCUCAGAGGGAUAGCUUGUUUAUCCUUGUGGCCUGCUCUGUAACAGCUCGAGGGCUGAGGUGUCCCCCAAAAAGGUCACAGUUCUCUACUAGGGAGUUCAGUACAGUUAUCACAUAAACUCAUGAUUCAUGAAAUAACCACUCAUCACACAGGCCGUGUCUCAAAUAUUUAAACCAUUGAGAGGGGGAGAAAUGGAGCCAGUUUGUGAUAAUCUGCCUUUCCCUCCCUCUAGAACUCCUAUUUUCUCAAACUUCCAAGAUCAGCAGUCUAACUACAGAACAGAGUUAACCUGAAAUUAGGCAAGGGAGGACUUUACUGCCAGUAUCCUGAGAGCCAGAAUCUCAAACAAACAAACAAAAAAAUGCAUUUACCAUGUGUAGUGGAGAUUCUCUCAUGUGAGACCCUAUUUUAAUGAUAUAUCUGUAUGUAAACCCAAGAGCUCCUCUUUCAAAGACUUCUGUUCUUUGGAGGCCUUGACUCAGUUUCUCCUUCUGCAUCUGCCCAGCGAAAGUCAUCAUCUCAGCCUCCUUAGGAGUCUUUUUCCCUGGCUGAGUAGCCACUGAACAAAGUUCUGCCUUAUCUAAGUGUCUAAUAAAGGGUUUGAAGAAGAGGCCUUGA